GUAAAUCUUCCUGCGACAACACGAAGCCUCCAAACACGGAAGUGAGUUCUGUGUGCGCGCGGAGCUCAGAAACAUUUCCUUCAUUAAAACUGUGUGUUGGAUUAAAGACGAUGAUCCGCUGGUCUCUGCUGCUGCUCCUGGUAUGUCCCGGUCUGUCCCUGGACUGUGAGUGGGACCUGGUCCCUGAUCCCGAACAGGCUCCGGAGCUGGACUCGACCGUGCCCCCGGUAACGAUGGCCGUGGACCGGCAGAACUGCCUGGAGACGUGCUGUGAGGACCCAGACUGUGACCUGGCCCUGGUCGGGGUCCGGGAGCAGCAGUGCGGGAUGGUGAAGUGCUCCAUCCAGGACCAGGACGUGUGCGUGUUCUCCCCCAGCUCCGGACUCAAGGUCUACCGCAAGAGGGUGAAAAACGAGGCCGACACUGAAGACCAGGAGGGCGGGGAGGAGCCGCGAGUCGACCCGCCGGAGCUCCGGACUCCCAGGAACAACCAGACCAACAACGUCCGCUGUCGUCUCCCGAUGAAGGUCGGACGCUGUCGAGCAGCUUUUCCUAAGUUUUACUACGAUGUGACCAAUGGGAGUUGCCGUAGCUUCACGUACGGUGGCUGUGACGCCAACGGCAACAACUUUGAUACCCGGGAGCAGUGUGAGGCGGCGUGCAGUGGCGUCACAGGUAACACACACACACCUGUGUUAAAACCACUUCCUGUGGACACACAGACACACACACACACACACACACACAGGUUACAGUAAACACUGGUGUGUCAGGAGGUUUAUAAUGAGGGAUCUGGUCAGACUGGUUCUCUGAGCUCUGAGGAUUAAACACCUGAACACACCUUCACCUGCUCAGAGUGCCACUGAUUUUACACCUGUCCAUCUGUCCUCUGUCGAUCCUUAUCAUGCUGAUCUGUUCUGUACGACAUCUAUUGCACGUCUGUCCGUCCUGGAAGAGGGAUCCCUCCUCAGUUGCUCUUCCUGAGGUUUCUACCGUUUUUUUCCCCGUUAAAGGGGUUUUUGGGGAGUUUUUCCUGAUCAGCUGUGAGGGUCAUAAGGACAGAGGAAUGUCGUAUGCUGUAAAGCCCUGUGAGGCAAAUUGUGAUUUGUGAUAUUGGGCUUUAUAAAUAAAAUUGAUUGAUUGAUUGAUUGAUUGAUUGCUCUGUCCUCUGUCCACACUGUAGAGACAGAACUGGAGGGAGUGUUGCUUUUGAUGGGGACUAUUUUCAGCAGUGGAUGGAUCCAUGUUUGAUGCUGUAGUUCAGGGUGUCCCCGUCUUUUCCCCAUCUGUCACUGAGGGACAUGUUUGAUGGGUUAUUUACAUUGUGUGUGUGUGUGU